GAGAAGCAGCGAAGCGAGGAGAGGGUGGUGGUGGUGUUGCCCUGAGUAGCGCCAGGCCUCCUCGCCAUGAAUGCCCUGCUUACACGCCGUCGCUUGGGUCUCGCGGGCGGGACAACGCCUCGGAGUCUGUCGCCUACCGCCCUUCCUGCUUCCAGUGAGCAGCGCCGCAACCGCCUUUUCUCUUCCCUCUUUUGAGUUUGCUGGGAGAAUUGCAUGACGUGGGAAUUGACGAGUGGUCGUUUCGAGGAUUGUGUCGUGAAUUCUGUCUGUGACAUGUUCUCUUCGGGGUGCAGAUUAAUGUCGGCACCUCUGUUGGAGGUUUAGGAAGGAGUAUGGCUUGAACGAGAGACUGAACUAGGGUAACCAUGGCGCUGAGCUCAGGCUCACAGAUUGUUCUUCCAUAUUCUCAAUCCUCUUCUGGCAUCCCAUGGGGAUGUUUCCUUCCGAGGCAUCACGCUCGUCAUUCUCAGGCCAUUCGGAAGCUGCAAUUGCUGCCGGACUUGAUUCUGCACGCCUCUUCAUGUAGCGUUCGUAGAGGUGGCAAGCAAAGAGCGCUGUCGAAAUCAAUUAGAGGCAAGAGUGCGGAGAACUCUGCACAGUAUGAAGACACUAGAAUUGAUACUGAAGCCGGGCAAAGCUGGAAUUAUGCUGCAACUAGGACAUAUCGAAAAGCCAUGGCUUCCUUGAGGGUGACCGGGAACGCCCUCCCGCUGCAAGUGAAUGCAGCCUUGGCGGCCGAUGGGGGCAGGACUGCUGUGCAAGAGCUGAAGCAGGGUAAAGCUAUGCUGGUGAUAGAGGCCUACAAUCCAGGUCAACUCUCCGAGGGCAGUACAGUCUCCACGAAGUUACAAGCGCCCACACUAGCAGUAAUUGAGAGAGCCAAGUUGAUGGCGGAGAAGGACGCGCAGUUCUUACGAGGUGGGCGGGCGUUUGCCGUCGCGUUCCAAACUGUGAGACUGUUGAAGCUGUCAAAAUUCGAGCUCUGUUUCUACCAACCCGGGACCAUGAAAGCCACAGAUGGUUAUGGGGGAGAAAUAGCGGCGUUUUUGGAGGUGUCAGAUGCGAGUUGUCUCUCGGAGAUAGCGAAGGGUGUUUGUUCAUAUGCACUGGCCUGUGUUAAGGAUAAUGCCGAGCAAAGAGCGAAAGUUGAGGGAUUUGGUUCGAUUCCGUUCCUGAAACGAUCUGAGGGGAUUAAAACCACUGUUAAAAAUUCAACCGUGCAGAUCUCCUCUUUCACAGAAGCUGAGGUGUCGGCCCAUGUGGAAAGGAUAGUUCAAGACAAGAAGUUGGUGGGAACAAGUGUGGGGUUGCGGCGGCAUCGAUCAUGGUGGAAUAGACCGCUCGCUACUGAAGCUGUUGUAAAGAGUGGCUUGGACGCCCAACUCGUAGAUGAGUUUUUGCCAGCUCACAAACUGCAGUUAAAUCUACCUUCCAACAAAUUUGAAGCUGUGGGCUUGCAAAAGACGAGCGAUACUGUGUGUUCAAUUAACCUGACGCACGCGCAGAUGAUGGAUUUGGCAGAUGUGUUGGACUUAUAUAGCGGAGAUCCAUACACUGGCUCAGGGGAGAGCGUCUCAAUGAGCUUAGACAUUCCACGACGCUCUUGGGCUAAGGUGGUGCAAACAGUAGCGGUUGGAGCUUUGGCGACUGCAAUAGGAGGGGCUUUGCUUGCUGGGUUCUUGUCUUCUAGAAGGGCACGACUCGGUCAAAUGGACGCACCUAUAGAGUCCAUAUUUGAUAUGGCUUUCUCGCAGAAAUUGCGGGAAAUUGGGAGAUCGGAUAUCGUCGAUGAGCAAAUGGAUUCUGUCAAUCAGCAAUCCGAAGUUAAAGCUGAUCAUACUGAAGCCAUUGUUAAGGAGACGACUGAAGGUGCUGGCCUUGAUGAACAAUCUGAACCUGUUAUCGAGCAACCUGCUGCCGAACAGGUUUACAAGCCUCCUACGAGAGUGCAAUUCAGGACGCGCACCCAGUUCUAAAACGGAGACGAAGGGGAGGGACGAAUUACGCCCAACAGGAAAGAAUCUAAUUCUCAUUUCUCAGUCACAACUUCAGCGUUGCAGUCUGUGGUCCAUAAAUCCUUGAUGGUGCUUGAAACAAGUGUGCUUUAAUUGUCUACAAUGACUGCGCUGCUGUAGCAGGUUCAAUUACUCCCUGAAGCAUACAUCUUACUCCUGUUGGAAUGGUGAUGCUCUUGAAUUCCAGCCCAAGCCAAUCAAAUUCAUCCCUAAAAAACUAUCAUCACGUUAAGUUUUCCAUCCGAUUUGAGUCUAUUAGGUGAAAUCUUAGCAUACGAAGCAUUUGGUCGGCUGCACAGUUCUCGUUCUAGGGACCAACCAAGACAGUUCUGCGAUUCUAUGGUAUGUGAUAGCUGGAAAGUGAAUUGUUUCAUCCCUCUUCGCUGCAAGUGUUUGGAAAUUGAAUUUCAAACGGUCUCGUCGCUUUUGUAGUCUAUUGUAACGUAUCAUCCCCAUGUUUAGGUUUAUGUCAGCUUGCAAUUCCCGAGUCAGAACACAUUGAUCUCAACAUCAGGUCCGGCUCUAACAGUAGGUGGAUUUCUUUAUAACCAGCUGAGCCUGUCUAUGUCACGGUGGCGUGUUUGCCGGUGUGACCCCUAUUCACGAGAUGACUGUGAAGUAUCUGGUUUUGUAAGUGGAUAGCCUACCAACAAGCUCUCGAAGCAUUUUGUGGUUCCUGACUCUACAAACUAUGAGAAAUUAAUCCGAUUUUUUUAGAAAUCAGUGAAGAAUUCCCGUAUUCCGUAUGUUCAAUAACGGUUCACAUGGACUCUGGAAGGCUGAUGGACUUGUAACGUGGAUUGACGUCGUUUCCUGAUGGCAAAUUUCAUAAAUCCAAAUUAGUUAGGAGGGAUUUUGCUAGGGGUUGUGACGAAAUUCAGUCCAGACAAUGAUGAAUGAGAUGUAUCUUUUAGAAUGAA